CCAUGUUGGAUAGAGUGAGUGGGUUUCUCUCUCUCUCUUUCUCUCUCUCUCUCACACACACGGAGUUUUACUACUGGCUGAACUAGAUCACACUGCGACGUGUAUCCCGCCUGUCUUCUCUCCACAUAAACACUAACAGAGACAUAGCAAGCUACUUUCACAAAGUUCACUCCAUCUUAACAAGCACUUAUACUUUCUACAUCCCUUCCUCUGGUACUUAUGCCGGGUAUUAAUCCCGGGAGGAUACUGAAACUACACCACUGGAGGAUUGGUAAUGGAGGAAUUUGCCAUGCUCACUCCCUACUCUGUGUGGAAACGAUUUUAACAGGCACCAACUAACGCAGAAUCGUUGGCAUACACUUGGACUAGUUAAAACCUUUCAGAAAUCUGAACCUGACUCUGAGAACUUACAAAAGAGAAGGAACUUUCUGGUUGUGGUUUUUUUUGUUUUUUUUGUUUUUUUUUUGUUUUUUGGCAAAGUUGAAAAGUUUUCUUCUGUCUAAACUUCAAGGAUAUUAACACGCGAGACCACACCAUGCCGAGCUCAACGAUCCGGAGGCAGAUGAAAAAUGUGGUCAAUAACUAUUCAGAUGCAGAGAAAAAGGUCAGAGAGGCGACCUCCAACGACCCAUGGGGGCCAUCCAGCUCGCUAAUGUCCGAGAUCUCUGACCUCACGUACAACGUGGUGGCCUUUUCCGAGAUUAUGAGUAUGAUCUGGAAGAGGCUGAACGAUCACGGAAAGAACUGGCGGCACGUGUACAAGGCGCUGACACUGCUGGACUACCUGAUCAAGACCGGCUCGGAGCGUGUGGCUCUGCAGUGCAAAGAGAACAUCUUUGCCAUCCAGACCCUAAAAGACUUCCAGUAUGUCGACCGUGACGGUAAAGACCAGGGUAUCAACGUGAGGGAGAAGUCCAAGCAGCUGGUGGUUCUGCUGAAGGACGAUGAUCGGCUGAAAGGCGAGCGCUCACAGGCCCUGAAGACCAAAGAGCGCAUGGCCCAGGUAGCCACCAGUGUCGGUAGCAGCCACCAGAUGGGCUUUGGUCGUGGUUCUAGCCAGCCGAACCUCUCCACCAGCUACUCGGAGGAGUACGGCAGGUCUGAGGGCUCACCAGCGUCAUAUCACGGAUCCACAUCCCCUAAUGCAUCAUCAGAGCUAGAGCAGGCACGACCACAGACGAGCGGAGAGGAGGAGUUACAGCUGCAGCUCGCCCUGGCCAUGAGCAGAGAGGCAGCGGAGCAGGAGGAGAGGAUGCGCCGCGGGGAUGACUUGCGGCUCCAGAUGGCUCUGGAGGAGAGCCGUAAAGACACUGCUAAAGUGCCCAAAAAGAAGAAAGGGCCUCAGUCGUCUUUAAUGGAUCUGAUGGAUGCGGUCCCUGGAGGUCCUGUUGACCCUUGGGGAUCAGGAGGAGGAGGAGCAGCAGCAGCCCCCGCAGCCCCCGCCUCAGACCCCUGGCAAAGCUAUGGUAAACCUGGUAGUGCCACUAAGCCAGCAGCUCCUGUGGAUCCCUGGGGCCUGCCAGCCUCUGCAGCAUCAGACACUCCCAUGAAGAACAGUGACCUCUGGGGGUCAAGCCCUGCUCCUGCAGUGGCUGAUCUGUGGGGCUCGGGGCCUGCCACUCGUCCCAAAGCCCCUGGCCCAGGGUCUUUUGAUCUCUUCUCCACAUCAAAUGGUACUUCUAAAGAUGACCUCGAAGAUUUUGACAGUCUUCGCCCUUCAGUGAUGUCAGGUGGUGCUAAAGGAAGCUCAGCAGUGCCCUUACAGACCAGCAAGUCUGUCAGCCCUGACCUGUUUGACAUGCAGCCGAGUGCCACAACCAGAAAAACCCCAGAGUCUUUUCUGGGACCUAAUGCAGCUCUAGUAAACCUGGACUCUCUGGUCACCAAGCCUGCUCAACCAGCUCCUGUUUCUAAUCCUUUCCUUGCUGGAGGAGUCACCUCUGCCCCUCCAGCUCAGGUCAACCCGUUCCAGGUGAACCAACCACAGCCACCCACUCUCAACCAAAUGAGAGUAAGCCCCAUGAUGAGUCAGGGAUUUGGCAGCCUGGCCCAGAGAAGCAAUGAACCCAUGCCCUUGUCCUCUAUGCCCCCUACUGGUGCUGUGGGCAUGGGGCCUGUGGGUGGCAUGACCCCUGUCGCUCCCAUGGGCCAAAUGAUGCCAAGCAUCGGCAUGCCAGCCUCCAUGUCCAUGCCGCAGCCGCUUAUGAGCGGUGUGCUGCCGCCUACAGGCACUGCAACCCAGGCUGCUGGCCCUACUAAUCCCUUCCUGUUGUGAGGAACAAUAUAGGCUUUUAUUGCCUGUCUCCCUUCCUGGCUCCUUUCCUAUAGUAUGGACAGCAUACUGUUGUGUUCCCCAAACCAAUGUGCUAUUUUGAGACUUUCUGGAGUAGCAGUGGUGUUUACAGUUUUUAUUACAUUGGCAGGAGAUGCCGUCUUUGGCGGUAGGUACCAUAGAGUGAUUGGUAUUUUAUUUUUCUAAAUUUACUCGAAUGGACUGCCAGCGAUUGAUUACUGUGUCCCUAGGUGUGACUUUCUCACCACUCUUAGUCGACAGUCACUUUCUAAAAGACAGCCUUGCGUUCAACGGCGUUCUGGUUUUUAAAUUUCCUUUGAUUGAUUGAUUGCUCCUUUUUCUUGAUGGAGGCUUAAAACUCUGCUUUCAUUUGUUUAAUUUUCUAAUUUUUAGUAUUUUGAAGCUGUACAAUUUGCAAAAAGCUAACCCGUUUUAAUGAAAACAGCCUAUAUGUUCUACCCGGUGCAUAUACACUAUGUGUAUUUUACAGUACGUUAUAAGUAGACACAUUUUAGAGGACACUAUCAGUUUACAUGGUAAUAAUUUUGAUGUUCUAAGCAGGGAUUUUGCACACACUCCUUUUUAUUUUUGUUCUUGUUUUGACUGUUGGCUCACCGUUAGUCCUUAGGUCUGAUCUGACUCUGAUCAAUUGUGUGUGUAUGUAUGUGGGGGGGGGGACAAAGCUUGGGACGUAGAGAAUUUGAAUGGUUUCAAAUUGAAUGCAUUGGAAGAUGAACUUCAGAGUGAAGCAGAGGGGAUUUUUAAUGUAUGAUAUGGAUAUCAUAAGCUCAACUUUUAUAAAUACAGCAAAACCUCUGUUACAUCAAAAAUGCCCGUAAAGUUUUACGAGCUUGUGGAUUGGCUGGAUUAGUUCUAUGGGCUGUUUCAAUUCAUUACUGCUGCAGAGAUUACUCUUCACAUAGCUACUCUCCCCGUCCUUGCGGUGAUUGCUUGUCUGAGCUAAUUAACGAGCAAAUCGAUACUAAUGAUUAGUAUUCAGCCAGCUAGCUUUUCAAACACCCUGAAACGUUUAAACUAGCUUCAGUGAUCUUGUUGGUUUGUGUGUAAUGGUGGUAAUGUUUUGUUUUAGUUAUGAUCAACAGAACAAAGGGAAUUGGGACAUUAAUUUAGUUGACGUUUUUAUCAGGUUCAACUGUAUCUACUGUUACCAGUAUAACUAAUCACUUUUACCCAGUGCAAUCGGUUUAUAUAGCGUACAUUUAAAUAGUAAAAUAUUUAGCAGCAUUUUCAUUACAGCAAGUCCUUGGUGUGAGUGUGUGGAAAACUGACGUAAGUGCAUUUAUGUAUGGUUCAUUUGGUUGGUGGGGGAUUUCUUGAGUAGGCCAUUUUGUGUGUGUGGGAUUUUUUUUUUUUUUGAGCUAUGGUGUUUUUAAAAUGCAUCAAAUGUUGUUGAUUACCAUUUAAGCAUUACUAUGUAUGCAAAGGGACAUUCUUUAGCUGGAAGAAAAUUUACAGCAAAAUCAACCCAAAAGAUGAGAACUUAAGCUCUCUGAUCCCUUUGUUCAUAUCAGACAAACAUUGUUUUCAUGUACGUGUUAUUUAAUGCAAGUUAUACACCUGCUUUUAUAUAGAUAUUGUCAAGGUCAAACAUCCACUACAUGUUCAUGCUUGCUUAAGUUGAACUAAUGAAUUGAUGAGUCUAGUCUAAUUAUUUACACACCUCUUACGAAUUGUUUUUUUUAUUUUUUAACCCAUCGUUACCACCCCACAAGCACAAGAUUGCGUGUUUUUUGUUUGUUUUUUUUCUGCCCAAAUGUAGUUACCAAAGUCAUAGUGCUUUUGCUGUAUUCAAGAGCAACUGUUGUAGUUGUGUGGAUACACUUUUUUUUUUUUUGGCCCCUAGUGUCAGUAUUGUUGAUUUUGAGCGGUAUCUCAGAUGUAAAAAUGGUGCCCUCUUGAACUGUCCUUCAUUCAUGACACCUACUGGAGAUUCUGUGGUAGUACUGCCCGAGCACAGCAGUGUAUUAGAACCCGGGUGUGUUCAUUCUCAUAAUCUGCAUCCAUCCUCAGGUAAUCAGGGGAAGACAGCUUUAAAAUGUACGCGAUGGACUUGAUGGUUGAUGCAGGUGCUGAGCCUAUGAAGUCAGACUAAUUGCUGAUGAACAUCACAGUUGGUAAAAUUACACAAUUAUGGAAAAAAGAAAUUGUUGUAGUUAUGCAAACUAUCAUGACCAGUUAUUGCUUUCACGGAUACAAUAUCUAGCUCAGUUCAUCCUGUCUCAUUUUGCUGUUACUGACUGUAUCACCCGUUUUUCUGUUACUUUUUAUUAUGCAUUUAUUGUGGCGGACUAACCUCAUGAACAUGCAUAAACACCCUUUACUUUCUCAUGUUAUGUCUGUAUAUUUACCAAACUGUCUCAUGUUACUGGGAGCAGGCUGCUUUUUAUGAAUGUGCUCAACCUGUUGGCAUUAUAACUGUAUAAUAUAAUUUAUCAUUUGUUCUAUUGUAACAUAUUGUUCUGUAUCUUAUUUCUGUGUAAUGCUUUUGUAGGAAAGUCACAUGAAAUUUUAAAUGCCAUCUAAAUCGCAGCGAGUGAUAAAGGACCUGUAGCUGCAAUGAUAAAAUAAACUAUCACUGAUAUCA